AGGCUUGCGGGUGGUUUGCAUGCUGCGAACUAACGGAACAAGCUUGCAGUUGUACGUGUAGCCUUGACGUCCUUUUGGCAUUUGACCGUCCCGACUGCCCCAAUACGCAAUGCGAGUUGUACCAGUGCUCCAGCCAGCAGAUAUCCUACACUCAAUGUCCUGUACCAUGCGUUGUGGUCAAGCUGAUCACGCACAAGACCAUCUCCAAUCCACUCACGGAAAGUCACCAGCCAGUCGCCGUCGGCGGGGCUAACAACGGUGAAAGUGCCAACCAGACAUCGUUUAGCAAUCGAGCCGUCUUGAUGCUAAUCCGCAGCGAACAUGUACACGUGGCAACUGAGGAAGAAAUAUACUCUUUGGCCAAAUUGUUCUCGGAGAUUGGCGGCCUUUGCUCUCUCUUCAUCGGCCUGAGUUGUAUUUUUAUCUUCGAAAUGCUUGAGGCCCUGAUCCUGAUGCACAGUGAGGCAAGAGAAAAAUUGCGCCAGAAAGAGGGCUUCGGCUUAAGGCCAUUUGAUGGAGAAACAACAGAGGAGAGGACAAAUUACAAAGAAGUCCUACUGCAUGCGCAUACUAAAAUUGGCGAAAAGGUGGAGUGGUCCCAAUCGUGUUGGUUUGCUGAUUAUGUUACGUCUGCUAGUAAAUAUGCUAGAAGAGAGGCUAUUGCAAUUGACAGUAAAGGUAAUAUGUUGACUGAGGGAAAUGGAGUUAAGAAACUA